AUACAGAGACCUUGUUUAUUUCUCCUUCAUAUUGCUAUCAUUAUUAUGGUUUACUCGAAAAUUCGGUGAAUAAUUUUUCUCCACAAUAAUAAAUCAUCCUAUCGUGUAACAUUGGUCAAAAAUUUAUAUAGGUAAUCAAUUGUUGCGAACACAAUCAAAUCGAAAAUAUAUACAGAAUAAUGAAGUCGAUCGCUGUAAUUCUGUUUCUGGCGGCCAUCCUCGGUCAAUCUUUGGCUGAAAUUGAAAACCCAAGAAGCGAUGAAGAAAAUGCAGGGUUUUUCAUGAAAAUGGUUUUGCAAGGUCUCUUAACAAUAAAUGGUAGUGAAUGUAGAUCGACUGAAACUUUACUUGAUACGGAAUAUAGAAAAACGUUGCACUCGUUGGCCAUAUCAAGACAGAAUACUUCAUUUUGCAAAUUAUUCGUAAACCAUUUCGAGGAAAACACAAAAACCUUGGUGGAAGCUAUUGAAUCUUGUGUGACACAUCGUAAGAAAGGUCUUGCGAAUGCUAUCGUUACUUCUUUGGUAGCCCAAGCAUCCUUUAUGUGCAACGCAGAUGGAGAGCAUCUAUUCGAAAUCGUCAAUCCUUGCGUUUUUGAAACUUUCUUCUCUAAUAAAAGGGGAGAAACUGGAAAAUGUAUACGCCAAUUUGAGGACGACUUACGUUCUGUUAACAAGAAAGAUGACACAAUACUCUCAAUAGUUUGCAGUACUUUGAUCAAAGCGAAAAACUGUUUCAAAUCGCCCUUCGAAUCCAACUGUCCCAACUCAAUCACCCGGAAUACAAUGGAACAACUUUAUAAUAGUAAUGUGAAAGUGUGCAAUACCUAACAAAAAAACAUGUGUAUGGUAAAAUGACUAGUUUAAUGUUCAAGCAUCAUACUGAAUAUUAAAUCAACAAUAAAAUCUUAUUUUACAGAUAUAAAAAUAAUCAUUUGUUAUAAAAUU